UAGGUAUCACCUCUUGUAGGCGGGCCAAAUGUCAUCUGUAAUAAGGAGACCUAGUAUUUUCUCUUUACAUCGAGUUUGGUUUCUUGAUUAUCGAGGACAGUAUUCCAAGACUUUUCAUUCUGCUUCUAUCAGUAUUAUCUUAUUAUCUAUCAGAAUAGCGCUAACAAUUGUUUUCCCAGACGUUCUAUCUUGAAUACCGUAUAACAAUAGGCCGCUAUGGAUGAUCCAAUGUGCCCUUCGAAAGACUCGUCGGUUCCAUUAAAAACAGCGAAUUGGAUAUCCAAACCUUCGUCGUCGGAUUUUCUUCCGGAGAACUGCAUUACAGAUUUACCAGUCGUUAUCAGGUGGACAAAUAAUCGUUCAGCUCACUUUAUCGGUGCAGACCAUCACCAACUCCGAAUGAAUAUACAACUUGGUACAGACGAAAACCCCGAAUUGCUCUUUUGGUUUAGCAUAUCAGUUUCAGUUAGCGCGAACCCAAAAUCCUCUCAUACACGUACAAAGUCUCUCUACUUCGUUGUCAAAGGCAGUUUGAUUGAUCGGGAUACAGAUAAUAACUGUCUAUCCUUAGAUUAUUCACAGUCUAAGUAUUGUUUCGAUACUUACGCUAGUAUACGAAAUGCUGGUAUAAUGACCGAUGAGAGCUCUCUUUGCUGUACAUUGUUUAAGCUUCACGAUCAUGGCACAGUAUUCAUGCCCCCAUAUCAAAAUUGUCCCUUCACUCCUAUAUCGGAUAAUGCCUUGGAUCUAUUGAAGGAGACACAGUCCCUUUCACAGGCCAAAAGAUUCCGGGUAUUCAUAUCGUCUGAAGGAGUAGCACUUUCAUCUUUUUGGAAAACGAUUGAUAAAAGAUGUCGAGGAACCUUUACAGAUGAUUUUACAACUCAGAAGAGUGUAUAUAAAAAGGGUAUGGUAUGCGACGAAUGGAAGAAUUUCAAUCCGUUUGUGAAACAGAAGAACCCGGCGAUACAUCAAAAUACUCUUCAUAGCAAAAAGCAUAACUCGGAAUCCCUACCUCUAUAUACUAAGGGAUAUCAAAGUACUGGAAUGAAACGUAAAGAUAGUGAUCGCCUGAAUGAUUCUAAUGGAGUCUGUAGCGAAAAUGAUGAACUCGAUCAACGGUUUAUAGGAACCGAAAGCGAGGAAGAAGUGGAAACAGAGCGGCCGAGCAAAUACACCAAGAUAUCUUCCGAUAAAAUGCCAUCAGGUGUUCAUAAGACUGUUACUGGUCCUAACCAUAAAUCUAAUAAAUCCUACGCAGAUCGUCAAAGUCCCCAAGUUCAGUUCGCUGAACCUUGUAGCGAAGUCUUGAACGCCCUCGAAGAGAGCUACCUCGAAAAGCAAUUAGCUGCUUUCAUAUGCUGGAUAUUAGAGUUCGACUCACACUUGGAGAAGGCUUGUGAGCAGGUCUUCUUAGAUCUUGGCGAAGCAGUGUCUUGUGGAGAUAGAAUCGAAUUUAACAAAAUAAAAUCGAAAUGUAUGGCGGAAAUUUACUGUACAUAUACGAAGAGAGGAUCUGAAUGGGUUUUGAAGAAUACUAGGACAUGAAAAUGAGGAGAGGGGUAUGCUUGUUCACUUAGCAAUCCCGUGGGGUAGAUAAGCUAAAGUCGACCAACAACAACGACUACUGGGGAAUUGGGAAUUGGGUAGCAAUUCAUCUUGAUUACUAUCGCUAAAAUCAAUUAUUCCAUCUCCUGCUUGCAAGCGAGGGUCAGCUGCUACAAGCUGCUUAUACUCAAAGUUUAGCCGAUCCCAUGGAAAACUGGAACCAAAUUCUAACAAGGCAAGUUGUGUUUUUUGAAUUGAGCACGAAGUUCCAUAUAGUAAACAAAUACAACUUGAAGGCAAAAGAACGCAGAAGCUCGGAUGAAUAUUAGAGGUCGCAAUCAUCAGGUGUCUUCCACACAAGAUUAUUGACCCAGAGAUUGCAUACUCGAUAUAGCGAUAUGCAUCUAGAUACAAGUCAUUGCAUGAAUGACGAAGCAGCGAGGAUGAACUUCCAGUGGCGUCUAAUGUCUCCCUGUUAUGACUUCCCCUUGUCCCACUUUCGCCAAGGACAAUACCUAUCGAUCGUCGAUUGGAGGGGUAGAUGCAACAUGAUAGUCACCGCAAUUUGUUGCUUCUUGAGUCUUCUCCUCACAUCUGUAAAGCUGAACGGUCUAUUCCCUUGUGUGCUGAUUCCUUGCAUCUCCUCACCAAAACCUAAUCACGAAAGGAUUUUAUGGUAUCUACUUUCCAACUCCGAGACUACAUUCAGCAGGUCCUAAAGAAGCACAACAUCCCUCUUUUAAAAGAGCAUAACCCCUUGGUUUUGAAACACUUGGACCACCGCUUAAUUUUCUCAUACAAAUUUGAGUGAGUAAAAGAAGCACAACGUUGUGCCUUGUUAACCAUAUAGGUUAGGUCGUUUAGUUUUACUUGGUCGUCUUGUAUAUAUGGCAUUAGGUGGUCCAGGGCUUCCUUGUCGAGGACAGAAACAGCAUAGCGUAGGCGUUCUUGGUUUCCUAUGAAAGUUGCAGCCUCGAGACGUAACUGAGCCAGAAAGGGGCGAAGCUUCUCACGAUUGCCGAUGAACUUUUCCGGAUCAGGGAUUUUUGCGUAGGUGGUAGUAUUCAUGCUUCCUUGUGGUUGACAGGUUAAGGCUAAGUUUAUCUCUCGGGUGUUCGAGAGACUUCAAUCUUUUAUAGUACCUAGCAUCCUCUGUACACCGAUAUAAGAAAUUCUCACUAGGUUUCUUUCAAGACUUUUAUCAACUCUAUCUCAUAGAAUCUCAAUUGCUUGAUAACAAUUUUCCGAAUUUAGGAAAAUUAUUGUAAAUCUUUAGAAUUGUUAUAAUAACAAUAAUAUUAUAG